ACUGCGCCGCCGCAUCGCCGCCGCGCCCGACCGCGGCCCGCUGAUCGCCCCCGGCGUGUACGACGCCAUGGGCGCGGCCGCGGCCGAGGCCGCCGGCUUCGAGGCCGCCUACCUGUCCGGCGCCAGCAUCGCCUACAGCCGCCUGGGCGGUCCCGACCUGGGGCUGAUCGCCCUGCCCGAGCUGGUCGAGACCGUGGCGCUGAUCCGCGAGCGCACCGACCUGCCGCUGGUGGUCGACGCCGACAACGGCUUCGGCAAUGCGCUCAACGUGCGCCGCACCCUGCGCCGGCUGGAGCGCGCCGGCGCCAGCGCCGUCCAGCUCGAGGACCAGAGCUUUCCCAAGCGCUGCGGCCACCUGGCCGACAAGAGCCUGAUCGAGCCGGCGGAGAUGGUCGGCAAGAUCCGCGCCGCCGUCGACAGUCGCCAGGACCCGGACCUGACGCUGAUCAUCCGCACCGACGCCGUCGCCGUGGAGGGCUUCGACGCCGCCAUGGCGCGGGCCGAGGCCUACCUGGAGGCCGGCGCCGACGUGCUGUUCGUCGAGGCGCCGCAGGACGAGGCCCAGCUCGCCGCCGUGCCGCGCCGCUUCGCCGGCCGGGUGCCGACCCUGGCCAACAUGGUCGAAGGCGGGCGCACGCCGAACCGCACCGCCCAGGCCCUGGGCGAGCUGGGCUUUUCCAUCGUCAUCUUCCCCGGCGGCCUGGCCCGCGCCGUGGUGCAGACCAUGCAGGCCUAUUUCGCCAGCCUGCGCCAGCACGGCAGCAACGCCCCCUUCCGCGAGCGCAUGCUGGACUUCCAGGGCAUCAACGACUUCGUCCGCACGCCCGAGGUGCUGGCCUGGGCCGCGCGCUUCGAGGGGCAGCCGGACGCCGGCGAGGCGCACGCCCCGGAGUCUGACGCCGGGGCCGAGCCAGCGGCGCGGGAGGUCUGGGAGCGUCACGUCGUCGAGCGCGACGCCGAGGGCAACGAGCUGCUCUACGUCGACCGCCACCUGGCGCACGAGGGCUCCUUCCACGCCUUCGGCAAGCUGGCCGGGCGCGAUCUGCCGGUGGCCCGGCCCGACCUGACGCUGCUGAUCGCCGACCACUACGCCCCGACCCGCGGCCGCGACCGGCCGAUCGCCGACCCCGAGGUGGCGCGGGUCUCCCGUCUGCUGGAGGAGAACGCGGCGCGCUUCGGCCUCGACCUGAUCGGCCUGCAGGACCCGCGCCAGGGCAUCGUCCACGUGGUUGGGCCGGAGCUGGGCUUCACCCUGCCGGGCCUGACUAUCGUCUGCGGCGACAGCCACACCUCGACCCACGGCGCCUUCGGGGCCGUCGCCUUCGGCAUCGGCGCCUCGGAGGUGGCCCACGUGCUGGCGACCCAGUGCCUCUGGCAACGCCGGCCGAAGCCGAUGCGCGUGCGCUUCGUCGGGCAGCCGCGGGCCAGCGUCGGGGCCAAGGACCUGGUGCUGGCGAUGAUCGCUCAGAUCGGCGCCGACGGCGGCAGCGGCCACGCGCUGGAGUAUGUGGGGUCGGCCGUCGAGCGGCUGUCGAUGGCCGGGCGCAUGACCCUGUGCAACCUCUCGAUCGAAAGCGGCGCGCGCUUCGGCCUGAUCGCGCCCGACGCGACCACCUUCGCCUACGUGACCGGCCGGCCGCUGGCGCCGCGCGGGGCGUUGCUGGAGCGGGCGCUGGCCGACUGGCGCGGCCUCGCCAGCGACCCCGACGCGCCCUUCGCCGCGGAGGUGACGGUGGAGGUGGACGGCCUGGGGCCGAUGGUGACCUGGGGCACCAGCCCGGAGCAGGCGGCGCCGGUAGCCGGCCGGGUGCCCGAUCCGGCAAGCCUGCCGACGGCGGCACGGCGCGAGGCGGCGGCCAAGGCGCUGGCCUAUAUGGACCUGCAGCCGGGCCAGGCGCUCGACGGCCUGGCCAUCGACCGGGUCUUCAUCGGCUCCUGCACCAACGCGCGCCUGGAGGAUCUGCGCGAGGCCGCGGCGGCGAUCGGCGGGCGCCGGGCGCAGGUGCCGGCCCUGGUCUCGCCGGGCUCGCGGGCGGUCAAGCGGGCCGCCGAGCGGGAGGGGCUGGACGCGGUUUUCCGCGCCGCCGGCUUCGAGUGGGCCGAUUCCGGCUGCUCCAUGUGCGUGGGCAUGAACGGCGACCUGGUGCCGCCGGGCGCGCGCUGCGCCUCCACCGCCAACCGCAACUUCCCCGGCCGCCAGGGGCCGGGCAGCCGCACCCACCUGGUCAGCCCGGCGAUGGCCGCCCUGGCCGCCGUGCUGGAGUCGCCGGCCGUCGUGCUGCUGCGCGGCAAUGUCGACACCGACCAGAUCAUCCCGGCCCGCUUCCUGCGCAAGCCGCGCGAGGGCACCGCGGGCUACGCCCCCUAUCUCUUCGCCGACCUGGACGACGCCCCGGCGGGCCUGCGUGGCGAAGAGCGCGGCGAUGGGUGCGAUGGCGAGGAGGCCGGCGGCGAGGCGGCGCCGGAGAUCCUGAUCGCCGGGCGCAACUUCGGCUGCGGCUCCUCGCGCGAGGGGGCGGUCUAUGCCCUGGUCGACGCCGGCUACCGCGCCGUGGUGGCGGAGAGCUUCGGCGACAUCUUCCGCGCCAACGCCGCCCGCAACGGCCUGCUCUGCGUGCAGCUCGCGCCGGAGGAGGUGGGCGCGCUGGCGGCGGCGGCGGCCGAGGCGCCGGCCGCGCGGCUGACCGUCGACCUGCCGGCGCAAAGCGUCGCGGCGCCCGGUCUGGCGGCCUAUCACUUCGCCAUCGACGGCUUCAGCAAGAAGCUGCUGCGCGCCGGCUACGACGAGCUCGACCUGACCCUCUCCCUGGCCGGGGCCAUCGCCGACUUCAGCGCUGCCGCCGAGGCGGCGCGUCCCUGGCUGCGGCCCGAGACCACGGGCGCGAUGGGCCCGCUUGCGCGGGUCCGCCGAUCCCAGGUCGCUCUCGGCAGGAACGGAGCGCUCGUGGGGCCCUUUUUCGAGGAGCUGGACUACCGGCCGACGCCGAUCGGCGCGCUCAGCCUGCGCCGGCGGCGCGAGCUGUCGCUCGAUGUCGAGGUCUACGAGAUCAAGCUGGGCGAGGCCUUCUUGAUGUCCAGCCUCUUCACCGCCUCGGAGGUCGCCCUGGCGCGGCUCGGGCUGGCGGCCCUGACGCCGCGCGGCGGGGCUUGCGACGUGGUCGUCGGCGGACUCGGCCUGGGCUACACGGCGCAGGCCGUGUUGCAGGCGCCGGAGGUCGCCUCCCUGCUGGUGGUCGAGGCGCUGGAGCCGGUGAUCGACUGGCACCGCGAAGGGCUGCUGCCGCUGGGCCGGGAGCUCUGCGCCGACCCGCGCUGCCGCUUCGUGGCGGGCGACUUCUUCGCCCUGGCCGCCGGCGCCGAGGGGUUCGAUCCCACGGCGCCGGGACGGCGGGUCGACGCCGUGCUGGUCGACAUCGACCACACGCCGGAUUUCCUGCUGGACACCGGCCACGCCGACUUCUACCGGCCGGCGGGGCUGACCCGGCUGGCCGCCCACCUGCGCCCGGGCGGCGUCUUCGGCCUCUGGUCCAACGCGCCGCCGGAGCCGGCCUUCACGGCGCGGCUGGCCGAUGUCUUCGCGACGGCCUGGGCCGAGCCGGUGCGCUUCGCCAAUCCACUGCAGGCCGGGCGCGAGGUGACCCAGACGGUCUACCUGGCCCGCACGGCGGCGGAGGCCGCGCCAGGGACCGCCCAAGGCACUGCCCAAGGCACUGCUUAA